AAAGCUUCCGGUUAAAGAAGCGAUACGCACGCGCAUGCGCGGUAGGCGCCCCCCUUUUUAGGUUUGACCCCCCCUUCCUUGGGUUGUCCGCGCAUGCGCAUCAGUGGCGCUCUAAGGGACAUGAGUGCAGCUGGAAGCUGGUCAAGGGACAGUAAGCGUUAGUCUCACUCUGGAAAGUCUACUCUGUGCUUGUAUACGAAGGUCAGAGAUCAUGGGGGAGGACUUUGGGGUUUUUGUGGACUGGUCGCUGAUGGGUGACGUGUCCCGGGAGGCAGCACCGGGAAAAACAGACUACACCGACGCUAAAGAGCGUAAGCGUCACGCCCGCUCUGGUCAGUGGGUGAAGAGCCACUCGCAGCGAGCGCAGGUAUACCGGCGCCUCCUCAAAGCGCUGCCAUGCAGAUCUGUUACGCCCGAUGCUGGCGUCUACCGAGCCGCUGUGCAAAAAUACACCAAACGUGACAGCAUUGCGGAGGUGAAACUGAAGAACGGGGAAAUGUUUGGCGUGACGUUGCCCGAGUUUGCGUCCGGAGCGCCUGUUCCGCAUUACUGUUUAAAGCGCGAGUCCGCGAUUUGUCUGGGCAACAUUUUGGAGCGUCUGGCCUCCGAAUUCCCGGACGUUUCAUACUGCCCCCUGUUGCCUGCUGUCACCGCGCUGCUUCUUCACUGGAGCUCGGACGAGGCUCAGUGUUUUGAAGCAGCGGCUCGGUUGUUAGCGACGACCCAACAGCAGCGCAUGCUACACCAAACCUUUCUGGCCCACCGUGCUUCCUGCAUGACCUUCGGCGACCUUGCGCGCAAGCACUGCCCCGCCUCUCACGCAUACAUGGUUUCCCAGGCAAAUGAGAAGAAGGAGGACGUGGCGGAGGUGUAUGGAGACUGGCAGCGUUGGGUGUUUGGCGAUCUUCCGCUCUCCCAUGCCGCCCGGGUCAUGGACGUCUUCCUGGUGGAAGGAUCUAAAGUGCUGUACCGAGUUGCUCUGGCUGUGCUGAAGCUCUACAGAAAGCACAAACUGGACAGGAGGACAAGCAGGAAAGAGUUGGACACGGUCAGGGGGGACAUGCGGGAGUUUGUGAAGGGGAUCGCCAGCACCGCCAGUCCUGAUAAGUUGAUGGAGAAAGCCUUUGCUAUAAGGCUCUUCAGCAGGAAGGAGAUCAACCUCCUGCAGCUGGCCAAUGAGAGAGCACUCCAACAGAAAGGCAUCACCCUCCAACAGAAGAGGUGUAAUGUGGACCUGACAGUGAAUGUGGACUCGUUCUGCUCUGAUAUUAUCAGUGUGAAGGAGAUCAGGGACGUGUGGUCAUGGAUUCCUGAACGAUUCGCUUUGUGUCAACCUCAACUCCUGUUCAGCACUGCUACACACGGCUGCAGCCUCAACCGGUUUUAUACACAAUGUGAAGGACAUGAACCCACACUAAUGCUGAUCAAGACUACUGACAGAGAGGUGUGUGGUGCGUUUCUAUCUACAGACUGGGAAGAGAGGAAGCGAGGAGGAAACAAACUGAGUUUCUUUGGCACUGGCGAGUGUUUCGUAUUUAAGAUGAAGCCAGAGAUGGAGCGUUACGAGUGGGUCAUCAUCAAACAUCCAGAGUUGGCGAGCACUGCGUCUGAUCGUGCCGCUGAUGCUAGUGUUCGAGUCUCUGAUGAGAACAUACACUCCCUCCCUGUUGAGGCUCCACCCACAUCUGGCACUGACUCCACCCACCUCUCACCAUUUCUAGCAGCUCGACACUUUCACCUGAAUGCUCGUAACACGUCCAUGUUUAUGGCUGGAAACUUCGAAUUUAUCAUCAUUGGGGGUGGUGAUGGAAACGCGCUGUAUAUCGACUCAGAGCUGAAUCAUGGCCAGACGAGUUGCUGCUCCACCUUCGACAAUCCACCGCUGUGUUCCGAGAACUUUCAGAUCGCCGUCCUGGAGGUUUGGGGUUUCCAGGACACCAUGGAAACCUAACAGCCAAUCAGCACAUCCGGAGAGAAAGAGAGCGCUGUGGUUAUCAUCACUGAGUAGAUCUUAUAUCAUUAUAUAUCACACUAUACUCCAGGUAAUGACGCUGAUCGUGAACCUACAUUUCACAGACAGCUUCCUGAAAGAACACCACCAGCACACUCGAGAAAAUCUCACAAGCAUCAGAUCAAUUACGUUCAAUAUCAGUGUCUGCUCUCAGCUUCCUGCUUUCUAAUCAUCAUUUCCCCUGUAUCAUCUUAUCAGUAUAAUUAUUUCUGAGCUAAUUAUCACAGUCAAUUGCCAUACUGAUAUAUCGUUACAUCCCUAACCACAAUCAGCCUUUUUCAUACCAUAUAGCACUAUGCUAACUGGUGUAUCAGGUUACGCUAUCAGACCCAUAUACAUCACCACACACUGCACACUCUACACAAUACCCAUAAUGCACUCUAGUCCUAUUAUAAUUAUUGAAUCACAUUUUAUUAUUUAUUUCUAUUUAUCUAUCAUCUUUUAUUGGCUAGCGCUCGUCAUAGCGCGCUAAUGCUAGUUUCAUACCUGAUCGCUAUCGUUCCUGGUUGUUGAUCAUAUCAGUGUGUUUGAUGAAUGUUGUAUGAAUGUUAUAUCAGCGUUAGAUAAACAGUCUGUGUAGAUUUGCCAAAUGUUUUAUCAAGUAAGUUUCGUGUUUGUGUAUAGAUGUGUGUGUGUGUGUGUGUGUGUGUGUGUGUGUGUGAGAGAACGUUCCUACUUGUGAAACUAAACAUAUUAAUGAAGUGUGUGUGUGUGUGUGUUAAUGAAGUAAUGUGUAAAGCAUAUCAAUCAAAUGUGUAAUUAAUUAAAUGGUAAAGUCUUAAAGAUGAAGAAUGUUGAUGUUAAAAUAACAUGCUCUAUAACAAAGUCUGUGUGUGUGUGUGUGUGUGUGUGUGUGUGUGUGUGUGUGUGUGUGUGUGUGUGUGUGUGUGUGUGUGUGUUCACCAGUAUUAUUGUUAUCAUUAAGUAAAGCAUGUAUAAUAAAUGUCAAUAAUGUUUAAUAAAGUGUUUAAAACAAA